AUGUCGAGGACUCGGGCGAGCCACUUUCUUCGAACGAUGCUGUCAUCGUGGUGGAGGGCCUGCUGUCUGCGGGAGCUGCCCCCUGGGAGCGCGGCCGAAAAUGCCGAGGGGGGGGUCCAUGGGGUUUGGUUUGCAGACUCUGCCGCUGACCUGGCCAUGGUCAUGAAUGAGGAGUCCGACUCCGAGGAAGACGACCUUGUCGUGAUCGACCGCCACGGGCGGCCGAUCAGCAGGGAGGCCGCUCGGGAGGAGUACCUCUGCAUGGAGGCCCGAGGAUCUCGCCUCCCGCCUUACUUUCGGUCCCGUUUAUUGGAGUUCACGGUCUUUCUUGGCAUCGAGGACGAGUGA